AUGGCAUCCUCCGAGAAGAAGGCUUUCCUGGCCGACAAGGCCUACGAUAACGACGCCCCAAUCGUUGAUUCCGAUGCAGAUACAGAUAACGACGACGCCUCCCCGCGACCCAGCGAUGAGCAUGUCCUGGACGAAGCAGAGGAACAGGAAAGAUUGCUGGCCAAACCGAACAGGGCGGAUGUAGUCCGAGAUAUCUUCGCGAAGUCAGACCAGCGAGAUCGCAGGCGGCGACGACGAUCAAGACGGAAGAGCGAGACUGGUUUCGACGAAGAUGGCCGCGUCGUCUUCGAGAUGGAGGGCGGGUUCAAGGACAACAGCUCCGAGAGUUCUGUUGAUCUGACCAGGGCCGAGCCAUACACACCACCUAAACGAGGACGCAUGGCAGUCAUACAUAUCGUGAUCAUCGCACUGUUCGUACUUCUGGCUUACGGUGCAUGGACGGCAUCGAGGCAGACUACCUCGGCUUCGCAUCUCCGGACAUACUGGAACGGCACCCAUGAGUUCAAGCCAACCACUAUCCUGAUCUCCCUGGACGGCUUUCGUGCGGACUUUCUCAAUCGUGGUAUUACACCAGCACUGAAUGCGUUCAUCGCCUCCGGCGUUUCUCCACGAUGGAUGCUGCCGUCGUUCCCUUCGGUGACAUUUCCCAAUCACUUCACUCUGGUCACGGGACUAUAUCCAGAGAGCCACGGAAUCGUUAGCAACCAGUUCUGGGAUCCAGAAAUACAGGAGGAGUUCUACUACACGGAUACCACGAUCUCGAUGCAGCCAAAAUGGUGGAAUGCUGAACCCAUCUGGGUCACGGCAGAGGAUCAGGGCGCGAAGACAGCGAUUCAUAUGUGGCCAGGCUCCGAAGCGCAUAUACCAGAUCGCGAGCCUACAUACCUCGACAAGUUCAACGAAAGCGAGGUGCUACCGAAGAAGGUUGACCGACUCAUGCACUGGCUGGAUCUGCCAGGCGAUGAGGUUGAACAUGGAGACAAGCGUCCACAAUUAUUGCUCUCCUACGUACCAAACGUCGAUGCAGAUGGUCACAGAUACGGCCCGAACAGCACAGAAAUUAGAGCAACGAUCGCUGAUGUUGAUAGCAUGCUGACCAUGAUUGUCGAGGGGCUAGUCCAGCGCAAUCUGACCGAGAUUGUGAACUUGGUAGUGGUCUCGGACCACGGCAUGGCAACAACCUCUACAAAACGAAUCAUCCAACUCGACGAACUUAUCGACGUGUCCCUGAUUGAUCAUAUGGAUGGCUGGCCUUUGCGCGGCCUUCGCCUGAAAGAUGCGGAGCGCGAUCUCGAACCACUACACCAACAGCUUCUCGCAGCAGCCAAAAAGAUGGGCUCAUUCGACGUCUACACGCGCGAGACAAUGCCAGAAAGAUACCACUUUUCCAACAACGACCGCAUUGCGCCUCUUUGGAUUGUGCCCAAAGCUGGCUGGGCAGUCUUAGAGAAGACCGAUUUUGACGUUGCAAAAGCCCUGGAGGAUGGCACAAGCUACGAGCCCAAAGGCCUUCACGGCUAUGAUCAUGAGCAUCCUUUGAUGCGAGCGAUCUUUGUGGCUAGAGGCCCAGCAUUCCCACAUCCUGGCAACAGUAGACUGGCCACGUUUCAGAACACCGAAGUCUACAACAUUGUCUGCGAGAGCAUCGGCAUCAAGCCUGGUCCAAACAACGGCACGCUACAUCUGCCUCUGAGGCCGCAGGGGCUGCACAGUGAUGACAAGGCGCUGCAGCUUGAUACGCCGCACGACGCGCCCGAGGAUGCCGAGACGACUGAUCCGCCGCCAGGAUCAGGAGUGCAAGGAGAUCAGCAGCCUGGUGAUCCGGACCCGUCGACAUCGGAGGAGGGAUCACCCGACAGUGAUACGUCUGGCAGCGGCAAGAAGAACUGGUGGAAGUUCUUACACGAUCAGCUCGAGAAGGCAAAGGAAUGGGCGAAGCAGUUUGCUGAGGCAAUUAAGGGUAACAAGCCAGACUCUGGCACGACUCCGACCUGA